AUGGAAGCCUACGCUAUCUACUCUAGCCUAAGGUCUCAACUAAACUCAAACAGUGCAGCACUAAAAGAAGUUCAAACCACAAAGACUGGCUUUGCACUAUGUCCCUCAUCUCCGGAAGCCCUCCUAGCCCUUGAGGCCCAGAAAGAGAUUAUCUCUGCAUUCUUUGUUAACUGCCAGAUAGAACGCAGCUCCCGAUGGGUCUCAUAUCGAGUUACCAAUGUGCCAAGGAAAAUUGGCCAAAUCUUGAAUGGCCAAUACUCUCUAAUCCCCGUCAAUCCUACACUUCUGUCCUCAGAAAUAAGCGAAACUACAGGGCUUAAGCCCACAUCUAUUAGCGAGACCACUUCAAGCGCUGUCAACCCUGAUACUCCCUCCUCAAGCUGGUUUGUGAACUUCCCAGAAGGCAUGAAAACACCACUACCUAUCCAACUACGUCUUUUUGCUCAACAAGCAGAGAUCCGCAAAUCCUGCGCCACAAACCUCGCAAAAGCUCGAACUGAAGGAGGAUGUAGCCCUCAGCUCUUCAUAGGCACACAAGAAACACCUAUGGCAAUAGACGAGGUGCCAACUCAGCCUCCAACCCAUGAGAUUAUCUCUCCUUUCCGCUCAGUAACCCCCCCACCUCGCGCCCCAACUGAAGAUCCUCCAAUUACGGCUCGUGCACAGGCUGCAUCAGAGCAGGUGAAGCCGCAAAAGCUCUUACAACCCUGCCAGAGGCGUAUUUCCCUCAAACAACAAUACUUGCAGGCGAUCUCAACCUACUACAUAACAGAUGGCAACCCUCGCUACAACGCAGCCCUACAACUU